AAGAUAACAAGUCAAAAACAAGUGGGAGAAGACUGCUCGUUUAGGUUGUUACCCUUGAAGCUUAUCAUAAGAAACAGACUUUUGCAACUGAAAAAAUGCCUCCACCUCUUGUAAACAAGAAACCCAGGAUUGAAUCCACCACAAAAAACAACACAGGCACUCUCGACGACCCUUUGAAAUUCUUGGAUCAGGACUACCAGGAGCUGCAGAAGAGCUGUAUCACCAGUAAAAAGAUUUUUGUUGAUGACAAGUUCCCUCCAGACAGCAGCUCCAUUGACCCAAAUAAGAAACUUGAACUGGAUCUGGGCCAAAUCGAGUGGUUGAGGCCAUCAAAAUUAGUAGCAGACCCUCAGCUUAUUGUCCAGGGCGUGUCCAGGUUUGACUAUUCCCAAGGAUCUUAUUUAGGAAACUGCUGGUUUCUUGCUUCAGUUGGGGCUUUAACAUUUCAGAAGGACAUCAUGGACCAGGUCAUGCCAGCUGACCAGUCAUUUGGCAAAGAUUAUGCAGGGAUAUUUCACUUCAGAUUCUGGCGGUUUGGGAAAUGGAUUGAUGUUGUCAUUGAUGACAGACUUCCAACAAUCAAAGGCGAACUCGUUUUUGUUCUUUCAAAAACAUCUAAUGAGUUUUGGCCUGCCUUACUGGAGAAAGCUUAUGCCAAGGUGUGUGGCUCAUAUGCUGACAUGCAUACUGGUUUUGUGUCUGAGGCUCUGGUAGACUUCACCGGUGGCGUCCAUGUGUGCUUUGAACUAGAAAAAACUGCUAUUGAUUUGUGGAGCCUGAUGGACCGUGCAGUCAAAAAAAAGGCUCUGAUGGCCUGCGACACCCAUCAGGGGGAAAAAUCUGAGAAUGUAUUACCCAAUGGUAUUGUUCAGGGCCAUGCAUAUACUGUGACAGGGGUUUUUAAGGUAAUCUCCUCUGAAAAACCAGUAAAGCUGGUGAGAGUGUUGAAUCCGUGGGGAAUGGGCGAGUGGAACGGUGCCUGGAGUGACAAGUCAUCACUGUGGAACAAAGUGAGUGAGAAGGAGCGAACCACUUGUCGUUCUUUGGCCAAUGAUGGAGAGUUCUGGAUGUCAAUGGAGGACUUCAGCAAAAACUUUGAAGAGAUUGAUAUUUGCUGCCUCAGUCCUGAUUUUUUGGACAGCUCUUCUAAAUGCAGCUGGGCAACAACAUGCUACAAUGGCAGCUGGGAAUCUGGGACUACAGCUGGUGGAUGCAUCAAUAAUAAAGACUCUUUCUGGACAAACCCUCAGUUUCGGGUGAGGAUUGAGGCGCUUGAUGAGGAAUGUGCUAGUGGCCAGUGUCGUGAAAACAUACUGGUGUCCCUCAUGCAGAUCCAUGAGAACAGACACAGAAGUCUUGUUUCUAAUUACUUCAUUGGCUUCAGUGUUUAUCUGAUACCACCAGAGAUGAAGGAUGAGAAGUUUCCUGCCAAGUUCUUCUACCGCAGACGUACCGUGGAAGAGAGUGAAAACUUUGUCGAUAAAAGACAUGUGAUGAAAUUCUUCAAGCUUGAACCAGGAGAGUAUCUCAUUGUACCCUCUACUUUCAAUCCUAAAGAGUCUGCAAAAUUCAUGCUGUCCAUCUUCACAAAGACUGAAUCCAACAGGAGAUGAAAGAAUCCUGCAAUGACAUAUGUAUGAGGCUAUAAGUGUCUUGCUCAAAUAGCAAUGUAACAGCUCAUGGUCUGUUCACGCUUUGAACCUACUGCCUUUACCAGUUUACCCCUCUAGAUUUUUCUCCUCUGUAACCACUCAAAUGGAUUUGGAGUAACCAAGCUGGUUAUACUCUUUUUCUUCUACAUCCCUUCUGUACUAUAUUUUGUUCAUCAGUGAGCUGUGAAAUUAAUGUUAUUAGUUACCUUUGUUGUUUAUUUGUUUGUUUUCUUUCUGUCAUGCUUUAACUUUGCGUAUUGGUCAAUUCAGACAGUAACAUAAAAUAACCUUGCCAAAGGCCAUUUCAGUAUGUAGCCAAUCAGAAGGUUAUGUUUGCAGAAUUGUGAAAAAAAAAAAAAAAAAAAAAAAAAAAAACUACAUAUGUUACUCAACGGUCAAAUUUAAGUCAGUAGUUGUCAAGUGGUAUGCAGCUACCAAACAGUGAAAUGUACACUACCGAACAAUAAUAAAAUAUACAUUUAAUUCAAAA